AUGUCGGGUGGCUCUCCGGUCUUAGAGUUGUCUGAGGAUGACCUACGGUUGAUGUUGGUCGCGGAUGUGCAUUUAGGGGAACAGAGUUUGAACUUCCAAAUGUCAAACUAUGUGUACGGACGGACCAAGGAUGGGGUGCACAUCAUUAAGCUCAACAAGACCUGGGAAAAGAUACUCCUUGCAGCCCGUGCUAUUGCUGCUGUCGAUGUUGCGGCCGAUGUGUGUGCCAUUGGUUGCAAACCAUUCACACAAAGGGCUGUUCUGAAGUUCGCGCACUACACUCGGUCCAGUGCAGUCGCUGGUCGGUUCACACCAGGUGCUUUCACCAACCAGAAGCAGUCAUGCUUCCGUGAACCCCGCUUGUUAAUCGUCAGUGACCCCAGGAGCGACCACCAGCCUGUGAUGGAGGCCAGCGCAGUAAAUAUACCAGUGGUUGCUUUGUGUACCACGGACACUCCCAUCAAUCGUGUGGAUAUUGUAAUACCCUGCAAUAACAAGUCCGAGAAUUCCAUAGCCGUAAUCUGGUGGCUGCUUGCCCGUGAGGUCCGCCGCAUACGCGGAGAAGAUUUGCGUACUCAGCCUUGGGGUGUAAUGGUUGAUCUUUUCCGGUAUCGUGAUCCCAAUGAGGAGCAGCAGGAAGCCGUGGAGGAGGCCGAGGAUGCUCGCCUAGAGCCUGUACUUCCUGGUGCUGAUGAUGCAGCCGACAACUGGGUAGGUGAUCCCUCACUACCCAUCGGAGGACUUGGCGAAAUGGGAAUCCCAACUGGUGGCUUCGGACCUGUUGGUGGUGGUCCUGUUGGGGGGUGGAGCAAUCUGGAUGCUGAUCCUACGGAUGCCUGGUAAUCGGGAAUAUACUAUGUUUUGAAGGAAACC